AUGGCUGAUACACAAACACCCGAAGUCGAUCUCGACAACGUCAUCGAUCGCUUGUUGGAAGUUCGCGGUUCAAGGCCGGGAAAACCGGUUCAUUUGGAAGAAUAUGAGAUCAAAUACUUGUGUUUGAAAGCUCGCGAUAUCUUUAUCAAUCAACCCAUCUUACUAGAACUUGAAGCACCAAUCAAAAUUUGCGGAGAUAUUCAUGGACAGUAUUACGAUCUAUUACGCUUGUUCGAAUACGGAGGGUUUCCACCAGAGGCAAAUUACCUGUUCUUGGGAGAUUACGUCGAUCGAGGAAAACAAUCACUAGAAACAAUCUGCCUUUUAUUGGCAUACAAGAUCAAGUAUCCAGAAAACUUUUUCAUCCUACGUGGUAAUCACGAAUGUGCAUCGAUCAACCGUAUCUAUGGAUUCUACGACGAAUGCAAGAGGCGAUUCAAUAUCAAGCUUUGGAAGACGUUUACCGAUUGCUUCAACUGCUUGCCAAUCGCAGCAAUCAUUGACGAAAAGAUUUUCACAAUGCACGGUGGUCUUUCGCCCGAUCUACAGAGCAUGGAGCAAAUCAGAAGGGUAAUGAGGCCAACAGAUGUGCCCGAUACAGGAUUAUUGUGUGAUUUGCUAUGGUCAGAUCCCGAUAAGGAUAUUUCUGGAUGGUCAGAAAAUGACCGUGGUGUUUCGUUUACGUUUGGACCGGAUGUGGUGUCACGCUUUUUGCAAAAGCAUGAUAUGGACCUAAUUUGUCGAGCGCAUCAAGUUGUGGAAGAUGGAUAUGAAUUCUUUGCAAAGAGGCAAUUGGUAACGCUUUUCUCUGCGCCGAAUUACUGUGGAGAGUUUGACAAUGCAGGUGCAAUGAUGAGCGUUGAUGAGACACUGUUGUGUUCUUUCCAAAUUCUCAAACCGGCAGAAAAGAAGCAAAAGUACGCAUACGGUGGAAUCAAUAUGGGCAAGCCUGUCACACCGCCACGCAAACAGAAGAAGAAGGGAGAUACAAAGUGA